AUGGCGGCGGAGGUUCUGGAAGUCAUCCACAUUCCGGACGGUGCACUCCCGGACGCCGGCGGCGGCGACGACGACGAAAUCUCCGUCGUCUACGCGACGACGUUUCCUCCCAAGCGAGGCGCCACCAAAUCCGACGCCAUAUCAGUGGAGGACUACCGCCCCAAACCCAAAACUCACCACGCCGACGAUGAUGAUCUCAAGAUCCUCUACUUUUUCCCCAAAUCUCGUAAAAGGGUUUUCACAGGCGAGUGCUCGAGAUCGAAAACGGGAAACAACGACGCGGCCCACCAAUUUCUGUGCGAGAUCUGCGCUGACGAGAAGCCUAAUCGCGAAAAGUUUAGCAUUUUGGGGUGCGAUCACAGCUACUGCUCCGAUUGCGUGAGAAAAUACGUGGCCUCAAAACUGCAAAACAACGUUGUCUCCAUAGGCUGCCCUGUUUCCGGGUGCCGAGGCACCCUCGAGCCUCAGCACUGCCGGUCAAUACUACCGGACCAGGUUUUCGACCGGUGGGGGGAAGCCCUGUGUGAGGCCGUGAUCUUGGCUUCCGAGAAAUUCUACUGCCCGUUCAAGGAUUGUUCGGCCCUUUUGGUGGACGACUCGUGUGGGGGAAAUGGGGUUAUGGCUGAGUCGGAGUGCCCGAAUUGUAACAGGCUUUUUUGCGUGCAGUGUAAGGUGCCUUGGCAUUUUGGGAUUAGUUGUGAUGAUUUUAGAAAGCUGAGGGCCGACGAGAGGGGUAGUGAGGAUAUAAUGCUGGUGAACUUAGCCAAGAAUAUGAGGUGGAUGAGGUGCCCCAAGUGCAGGUUUUAUGUGGAGAAGUCGGAAGGCUGCUUGUUCAUGAAAUGCAGGUGUGGACAUGGUUUUUGUUACAACUGUGGAGCUCCUCUAAAAGAGCAUUACUGUCGUCAAUGCAAGCACUAA